AUUAAUUAAACGGAACCAUUGGAGCUGCAUACGCUUGCUGACUACCACCUCCAACUCAUUAAUCCUGUGACUAGCACUACAAACUGCACAGCGACAGUUUAUCUGGUGAUAAAUCAACGUUUUUGUGACUGUUUAAAGUUGUUCUGUGGCCCAACUGCUGCUCUGAACGUCUCGUUGUGUGGACCAACUGGGACCGCCGUCCCUAAGAUGUGGCGACUCGCUGCCCUCACCCUCAUGUGCACACACCUGCUGGCGAGCGGGUACGGGAAUGACCAGAGACCUGGGGUCCAGCUGGGUGCUGUCACCACCCCUGGCGGGUGCUCAAUGCCCUUCCUGCCUGUCGGCGACCAGUGCCUCUACUUCGCCACAUUCGCAGAGGUGACCUUCACAGAAGCUAGACAGAUGUGUCACUCGCUGGACGAGGAGCUGGCGGCCGUCCUCACAGCCACCCGCCUGAAGAACAUCAUCGACUACAUUAAUGACAACGGUCUGGGCGCAAAAAACUUCUGGUUGGACGGGUCUGACCAAGAAACGGAGGGAGACUGGCGGACGUCCUCCGGUCUGGCAGUUCCCAUGGGAACGCCCUUCUGGAUGGCGAGGCUGUCAGGCCAGCAGCCGGAUAAUUAUAAUCGUUCUCAACACUGCUUAGUGAUGAACAAGAAAUUGUUGUUCAACUUUGACGAUAUACAAUGCAACACCCAAUGGUUUCCGCUGUGUGAACAAAAACAACUUGUUCAAACAACACCAGUGACGCCCGAGGAGCUGAACUGCCCGCCCUUCUUCGUCAGUGUGAACGGCCUGUGUCUGGCGUUCAUGACGUGGGCGGAGGAGACGUGGGCGGACGCCCGUCAGGCUUGUCACGGAUUGUCCGGGGAGCUGGCCGCCAUCACUGACAUCGAGCAGCUCAGAGCUAUAUAUCUCUACCUCCACAAGGAAGGGAUCGCUGGUCACUCCUUCUGGCUGGGUGGCUCCGACGCGGCGAAGGAGGGCGUGUGGACGUGGACGGACGGAAAGCCCGUCACUAUGGGGUCGCCGUUCUGGGGAUCAGUGACAAAUAACGUGGUGGAGCCAGACGGUGGUACAACCGAGAACUGUAUCCUGCUGGACGCUCAGGGUUACCACUACUUCCGUGACGCCUCCUGUAGUCUGCUGGUGAACCCACUGUGUAUGGCUCCCCAGUAGUCUGCUGGUGAACCCACUGUGUACAGCUUCCCAGUAGUCUGCUGGUGACCCCAUUGUGUGCAGCGCCCCCCUUUAGUCUGCUGGUGACCCCAAUGUGUAUGACUACCCUGUAGUCUGCUGGUGAACCCACUGUGUGCGGCGUCCCCCUUUAGUCUGCUGGUGACCCCACUGUGUGCGGCGUCCCCCUUUAGUCUGCUGGUGACCCCACUGUGUAUGACUACCCUGUAGUCUGCUGGUGAACCCACUGUGUGCGGCGUCCCCCUUUAGUCUGCUGAUGACCCCACUGUGUAUGACUACCCUGUAGUCUGCUGGUGAACCCACUGUGUAUGGUUCCUGCUAGUCUGCUGGUGACCCCACUGUGUAUGACUACCCUGUAGUCUGCUGGUGAACCCACUGUGCAUGGUUCCUGCUAGUCUGCUGGUGACCCCACUGUGUAUGGCUACCCAGUAGUCUGCUGGUGACCCCACUGUGUACAGCUUUCCAGUAGUCUGCUGGUGACCCCACUGUGUAUGGCUCCCCAGUAGUCUGCUGGUGACCCCACUGUGUACAGCUUCCCAGUAGUCUGCUGGUGACCCCACUGUGUAUGGCUCCCCAGUAGUCUGCUGGUGACCCCACUGUGUACAGCUUCCCAGUAGUCUGCUGGUGAACCCACUAUGUAUGGCUCCCCAGUAGUCUGCUGGUGAACCCACUGUGUACAGCUUCCCAGUAGUCUGCUGGUGACCCACUGUGCAUGGUUCCUGCUGUUACGAACCCGGAUCCAGCGUCCGAGCACGGAGCAGUGACGACCGCGCCAUCUGUGGGUCAGCUCCCGAGACCCCCACCAAAUGGA